AUGGUAAAAGCAGCCGAAUGGGACGAGUGGGUAGAUGAGCAAGAGGAAGACCUCCGGAUUCUUGACCUUGGAGAGGGGUUCCUUCAAGGACACGAGCCUAAAUAUCUUUCUCAACCAGGCCAAUUGCAGGUACCAGAGACGAUUUUCGGGAACUCCUUUGACCACCGAGUCGACUUAUGGCGUGCAGGCUGCAUGAUUUAUUCGUUCAUAUUCAGAACGACUCCAUUCUGGUACCUAGACGACGAUGGUGCCUUGGUUGCACAGAUGGUCGGGUUUGUGGAGAAGGUGCCAGAGGACUGGCAGCCAGCGUGGGACCGCAUGCGGUUGAACUCGAAGCAUCAGUUGGAAGUGAUGGAAGCUCAAAUAUUGAUUAUCCUAGAGAGCCUUAUCCUUAAAGAAGCUCAAUCCUCCAUCAAGAUGCAGUUUUCGACCAUUACGGCUGCUAUUCUUUCGUCUGCCGUCCUAGCAAGCCCAGUUGUCAAAGCAGAUACAUUGAAAUAUAAUCGCGACUAUGACUACGCUCAAAAUUCUGAACUCACUUCAUUUUCCUGCUCAGACGGUGCCAAUGGCCUCAUAACAAGAUACGGCGUAAACAACCUCCAACGACUCCAGACCAAGUUACAACCGAAUACAUAUGUCGGUGCCUCGCCAGCUGUUGCGAAGUGGAACGAUCCAAACUGCGGGAAAUGCUUUAGAGCGACGAACCCCAGCAAUAAUAAGUCAUUGAACUUCGUGGUUAUCGAGCAAAACUCAGGUGUUGUCACUGGUGAAGAGGGAUUUCGCCUUCUUUCUCCCUCUGGAACGACCUCAGAGGGGACGCUUACUGUGAAUGUCGCAGAGCUGCCAUCUCAGAGUUGCUGGAAAUAA